AAAAGAUUCUACUUUUUUUUUUUCUUGCCAAAGCCGGUGUCUAAAAAAUUCAAACCCAGAGGGCAGAGUUCAAAUUCCACAAACUUGAUAGAGAUGGCGGGAUGCGAUUCGCAGAAGCAAUUGCUGAGCCUAAUUCGCGACUAUGCUUCCGAAAAAUCUCAAGGAGAGAGGAGAAUUUCGAAUCUGAAGAUCCGAAUAGGAGAGCUUCUAUCUGAGAUUGAAGCUGCGCAUGCGAGCCUUGAAGAAGCUAAGCAUGUCAAGGAAUCAAUCGAGCAAGAGCUUAAAGGAUACGAAGUUGAAUUAGCCAUGAAUGAAGCUUCAAUUCAAACUCUAGAGGCGAGGAUUGCUUCUACUCAAGAGGAGAUAUCAGCUGUUGGUUCUAAUGUACACGCUCUUAAGAAUGAAGAAGUAGCAAUAAGAGAGGAUUUCAUAAAGAGGAUGCUUGAACUCAAUGCAGAAAUAAGGAGAUUCUAUGACUCAAUAGGCUCAACUUUCAGCAAUGAGAACUGCAGCGAGAUAAAUUUAUACUCUGGUGUAGAUAAUUCCAAUGAACUAAACAUGAGAGAUCUUGAAAAUAAGGUUGCUCAUGUCAAUAGUCAGAUCACUGCGGAGAAAGAAGAAUAUCAAACAAUGCAGAAUGUGCAUAAGCAGGUACAAGAGGAACUAACUGUUGUGGAAAGGAGAGUUAAGGUGAUGGAGGCAAUAAUGAAAGAAAGCAUAGAGCGGCAGGAGCUGAAUGAGCAGACAGCAGUGUUGGAGAAUCACUGUGCAUCCCUAGGUGAUGAGCUGCAAAGGAAAUUGGCGUGUCCCAAAUGUCAUCAAGACAAUUCAGACCAAUUGGGCGGCAUUCUUGGGCAGAGCCAUGAUGCAAUCUAACUUCAUGUAAUAAUUUGAAACCAUUAAAAAGGUCAAUUGUACUAUUGAGACUUCAACAAUGCCCUAUGAUGGUUCUUAACACUGGCAUAUAAAAUAUAUGGCACCUAUUGGUAUUGUUCAAUAUAUUGAUGAAGUAAAAAUAUUUCUUUCAUGUGAGGGUUUGUAAUAGACAUUA